AUGGACGUGCUGCACAUGUUCCGCUCUCGGAGGCCACCAAAGAAGGAGAUGUACGCGAAGCUUCUUGUCCUGAUUGCGUUUGGCGUCUUUUGCGCCGUUGUCGGGUUCAACGUGGCACAUCUUCCGCUCCCGAGCGCGAAGCGCGGCGUUUUGGAUGCGAACAUUCCGACUGCGGACCGCAAUUCAUUCACGGUCACGGCCCUUUCCUCGGAAGAUCGCGUCAGGCAUGCGGAGCUCAGCACCCGCAUAGCUGUACCGUAUCUGAUGCCGUGGGGCAAGGACGAGCGCCCCGCAAUGUUUUUCAUGUGGCACCUUCUCUAUCGCAGCCUCAAGCCGGAUCUGGACAAGUUUGAGGCAGACUUGCUCAGCACCUCGACCAUCGAUGCGACAGCGUCCAAGAUUGGCAGCACGGCCACGCGCAACCCGCGCAAGAUCGUCAUUGACGUUAUCGAAAGCGACAAAGGAUACAUUACAACGUCGCUGGCACACUUUUUGCCCACCACAUAUGUGUUCAGUGUCGUCGCAAGCGCACUUGCAGAGCAGCAGUAUGGAUGGCACCCCCUACACCCACGCUACCGGCGUGGUGCCAAGGACACGUACGGCUUCGAGUCGGACGACCUCACAGCCAAACGCCAGGAAUACGCAGAGCGAGUGGCAGCCAAGGUGGAGCGGGUGCUAGCGAGCCCCGCCGCUGAGGGGGUUGUUGAGGUCUCGCAGCAGCCAGGCAUCGACGGGGUGCAGCCGGUCACGCAGACGGACGCUCGAGCAGCGACAGCAGAAAAGGAUGACGCCGGUGGUAACAUUCCUGAGAGAAUUACCCCACAGGCGAAGGCCGAAGCAGCCGCACAGCUGUGGUCGCCUCCUCAUCUGUAUUUGUGCGUUCCGAGGCACAGCCUCAAUGCCAGCUACUACACAAGCGUAGGAGCACAAGAGCUGCACGUCAACUACCAGAUCCUCCUCUUCCCUCAUGUUGCCCUCCGAGGUGUUCGCACGUCAGCGGAGUUCGAUGUGGCAUUGCGUACACUCCUGGCGCAGGCUAACGUCGCCUCCUUCAUUGCGUUGCCGUGGCUCUCCGAGAGCGACAACGUCGGCACGGGCAACGCCGCCAACAGUGAGCCGGUGCGGCCUCGCAUGCUGUUGCGUAAGCGGGAACUCAUGGACUACGAAAGGUGGUAUGAGGACUACAGGCUGACCCCGUUGCAGGUGCUGCAGCGCGCACUGAGCUCGCCGGAUGUGGAGGCACAGUAUCAUGUCUUUAUUCUCCCCCUUGGAUCGAAGUGGUGGUUCGGGGCCCUGCGGCAGCUGUUCCGUGUGGAGCUACAGAAGAAGCACGACCGGCCUCCUGGCAACGUGGCGGUCCGUUCCACCACGAAUGCCGUAGACACUGCAAGUACCACGGCGGACGGCGCACUCGCGUCCACCGAUGGAUCAGGCACUACCACGUCAGCAGCUUCGCCACUCACCUCUCUCGCCGCGAAUAUGUUUGGCUGCGCUGCGAGGCAGGCUCUUCUUGGCUGCGUGGCACGUGAACAACAUAGCAGCUGUGAGCGCUUCUCAGAGGUUCACGUCCGGUAA